CAGCAGCCACGGUGAUCCAUCAAGUCAGCCCCCGGCGCCUCACAAACUUAAAUAGCUCCGCGCAACAUGAGUGAAGAAGAUGCUCUUAUUGCCGCGGCACCGAAGAAGCGUACGUUCCGAAAAUUCAGUUACCGUGGCGUCGAUCUCGAUCAGCUUCUGGAUAUGAAGACCGAGGCUCUGGUAGACUUAUUCCGCGCACGCAUCCGUCGCCGCUUUAAGCGCGGCCUAACCAGGAAGCCCAUGAAGCUCGUCAAAAAGCUCCGCAAGGCAAAGAAAGAAGCCAGUGGCGGCGAGAAGCCCGAGACGGUGCGCACGCAUCUGCGCAAUAUGGUCAUUGUUCCCGAGAUGAUCGGCUCUGUUGUCGGUGUAUAUAACGGCAAGGUUUUCAAUACGGUGGAGAUAAAGCCUGAGAUGGUCGGUACCUAUCUUGGCGAAUAUUCCAUCACCUACAGACCUGUGUCUCAUGGCCGUGCCGGCCUCGCAGGCGGGAAAUUCAUUCCGCUUAAAUGAUUUUGAUGUCUGCUCCGACUUUUCUAAAAUGAUGAAAGAAACAGAUAGUCACUUCAAUUGUUAUGCCCUGUCGGCGGACUCUUCAGACGAGUCGUUGCAUGAUUCUUCGUUCCCAACGCUUUGGUUUUUUUUUCUCGGCAGGGUUUUGCUCUCAGAGCGUUUUCAUCAGUCGUACCUGACCUGCUAGCUAGCCGGAAUAGAGGGAUUUCCCCCGCGGGCUUCUUAUUUUUCGACAUUUUAAAUAUUAUUUUUAACACUUUCGAAACU